UCAUACACUUUGUUUUAUAGGAUUCAAAGAAAUUUAAGAAACAAAGGAAUAAAGAAACACGAUUAAGUUCUAAGGAUGAGAACCCCGUAGACAUUAAGAACUUUGCUACAUUGGUUGGACUACUGCUCAAGGAAGGGAAAGUACAUGCAGUAAACAUCACAAAGGAUGUUUUUGGAGAGUCUUGUAAGAGCUUUCUCAUGAAUGAUGAUAUGGAUAUGAUAAUUUCAUCAACAGAGGUGUCAUCUAACUGUCUUAUGUUCUAUAUAUGGCAUUUGCAUAAAAAGAUGGUUGAUGCGAAGAUGGCAGGACGAUUUGCUUUUGUAAAUCCAGCUUUGGUUUCCAAAGCUGGAAUGGGGGAAGCAAGCAAGGAAAGUAGGUCAAGGGUUAUUGCUAAUCGAUUGAUGAAUGCAAAUCAUGCUGACUUUAUUUUCAUUCCAUACAACCCAGGCUAUCAUUGGGUUUUGGUGGCACUGGAAACAAGGACUAUGAUUGCAUAUUACCUUGACUCAUUAGAAGACCAACCUUCUGAUGAUCUCAAGGAGAUUGUUAAUAUGGCCCUUAGAAUUCAUCCACCACAAAAGCAUAAGUCAUCAAAGAGGGAGCCUACAUGGGUUGUAGUAGGGGUGAGUAAUUCAUAUAAAUUAGGUAAUGCAAUUUUUAAUACCAUUUCUUAAUGUUUAAUUAAGUACAAGAUAUCCUACAACUAACUAUAAAAUUGGUGUAUUCUACAAUGAUUUAUUUUUAUGCAUAAAGUGCCCAAUACAACCAGGUAGUGUUGAAUGUGGAUACCAUGUGAUGAGAUAUAUGAGAGAUAUUAUUGCUGAUCAAGGAUGU